AUGUCCUGCCCACCACCUUCGCAAACAAUAAACCCCGACGCUGAUAGCAGCGACUACGGCUCUGACUUCACCCCGGACGAAGAGGCCUUGCUGAACGAGCUCCUCGACAAAGUCGCCCCUCCCGCGACUUCAUCGUUCCCCGCCGUCGCCACUGCUGCUGCCACGACUACGACUACUGCUGCUCCCCUUUAUCCCCCGCCCGUUCCUCCGCGUUCGCCCUCGCAGCAGACAUUUACGAGUACCACUGCCGUCCUCGGAGACAUCGAGGAUUAUUAUGGGGAUCCGGCGUCUGGGCGCGUUCCUCGCGUCCUGGGACGUCAGAUGCCCCCGUGGCAGGUUGCGAAGACGAGGAAUAUCAACAGACCUACCACUACAGGCACAAGGACAACUGCUCCUGUCUGGUUCGGGGCAGGGGUUGAGCAUCCGGAUUCCACCGAAGGGCGGACGCGCGACCGCGAGCGCGAGGCGGCGCGUCACCAGGACCAACAAGUAGGACAAGGACAAGGACAAGGGCAGGGCGAGAAUAAUUAUGUCGACACGUCGAUCGGACCCGGUGCUCGAUCCCCGCUGGAACGGUUCCGUCGGCCGCCGAACAAGGCCUUCUCGGUGACGGAUCUGAUCUCGCCGGCGUGGUGCGAGCUGCAGUAUUGGUAUACGUUGACGAAGUUCGGGCGGAAGCGGCGCACGCCAGCGAUGAAGACGGGAACCUCGAUCCAUAAGACGCUGGAGGAUGAAGUCUACACUACUGUGGCGGUGGAGAUUACCACGAGGGAGGACGCGCUGGCGCUGCGGAUCUGGAAUGUUAUUCAGGGAUUGCGCACGCUGCGGGAGUAUGGGCUCACUCGGGAGUUGGAGGUUUGGGGCGUGGUGGAUGGUCAGCUGGUGAAUGGGGUGAUUGAUGAGCUCUCGUAUGAGUGUCCGGACUCGGAGCUGGAGUUCACCGCGGCGGAACAUUAUGCGGACGUCGAGGCUUCCAGGGCCGUUUUGCCGGAGUAUCAGAUGUCGUUGACGGAUUAUCUACUGUCGCCGUCGCAGGGGGGUCGGCGGCUAUCGGAUAUGCACUGGCGAGGGGAGGAGGAGGAGGAGCCGGCGCAGGGGUCGGAAGACUCGUUCAGUAUGGAGAGUCAGUCGACAGCGGAGAUGCUGCAUCUCCCGCGCGUGUACAUGACCGAUAUCAAGACGCGCGGGGGCAGUGGCUCGCUGCCUACCGUCAAGAGCACGGCGUUUCGGCCCACAUCGCUGCAGCUGCAGAUGUACUAUCAUAUGUUGAAUCGGCUGGUCACCAGCGACGACGUCACGAUCGAGUUGCUGGCGGCACGGUACGGUCUGGACGCGCAGCGUCCGUUCACCGACGCCUUCAUCUCGGAAGUCGGCGGGCUGAACGACCAGUUCUUCGACGCUCCGUCGUCCCCCGAAUUCGACCCCGACUUCAUCCCCACCCCGGAGGACGCGAGCACGACACGGACCUCCCCGUCGCCGGAUAUCAGCUUCAGCUUCGGCACCGACUCCGCUCCCUCCACCAGCCAGGACUCCAUCAGCGUGCUCCUCACCCACAACAACCUCACCAGCCUCUGGAAUCUCAUGAAAGAGCAGUUCCGCCUCACCUUCCUCCCUCCCCCGCACUCGUCGACCGUCUCCGUCGCGCCCUCCAUUCCGUCGGAAUUCCAACCGUCCCUGCUCGAGCCCUAUCCGACCGUGCUCUCCCCGCUUCUCACAGCGCGCUACAUCUCCUCCACGCCGGCCGAGGACUCGUCCCGGCGCGAGCUCGGCAGUCGCUCAUUCCUCUUCGACCCUACCACUCUGACGUCGUAUCUGGGCGACCAGAUGGAGUGGUGGCGCGGGGAACGCAACCCGCGCGGCGUCGAGGUCAUGGAGGCGUGGAAGUGCCGGAUCUGUGAGUUUAAUGAUGAGUGCUCGUGGCGACAAGAGCGGGAGUGGGCGUAUGCCCGUCGGAAGAGGGGGAGAAGAGGGUCGACUGCUGCUGUUUAA